AACGAGCCCACCCUCUCGACUAGGUUUGCAGUUUUGCCCCCUGUGGCUGAAGACACUCAGCUGUGCAACGUUCCCCACAUUUUCUCGGAUCUGUACGUCGCGGGGUACUACAGUUAUGCGUGGUCAGAAGUCUAUGCAGCCGACGCGUUUGCCUCGUUUGCAGCCGUCGAGGCAACCUACGUCGACGUGUGGAGAGCUCUGGGGAGAUCUUUUCGAGACAAUGUGUUCUCGAAACUCGGGAUCGUGCAUCCCAUGGACGCCUUCAAGCAAUUUCGUGGCCGGCAGCCGUCGACGGACGCGCUUCUGGAACGAAUUGGGCUCUCGUAG